AUGUUGGAAUUCUAUCCAAUGCCCACAAAUUUGAAUCAUGGCGUUGGUUUUUAUCCACAUCAACAAAAUCAUGGCGGUGCACGUUUUUUGGAUAAUCCAAAUACAACUGCCAAUACACCCAGUUUAGGCAAUAAUAAUAUUAACACUAAUCACAACAACAAUGCAAUUAAUUACACGCAACAACAACAAAUGAAUGGAACGACUGCAAUUGAAACAACACCAACCAAUGCAACUUGUUUAUCUAGCAAUAAUAAUAAUAACAUAACAAAUACUAAUAAUAAUAACAACAAUAAGAAUUUACUCACUUCCGUUUCCGCAUCCACAACAGCUUCAUUAACAGCGCAAAUCAUUUCCGCAAAUUUAACAUCAUCAACACCAACAACAACAAUAACAACAUCACCACCAACGCACUCCUGCACGCCCAACCAUAAUUCCGUAUGUGCCAAUACAACAGCAAAUGGCCAACUUCCUAAUGCCGCCAACUCUACUAUAACCGCCUUAUCAACAGCACCAACAACAGCGGCAGCAGUAGCAGUAGCAGCAGCGGCACCACAAAUAGCCCCAACAACAUCAUUAUCAGCUUUAUCAACGUCAUCAUCGUCCAAAUUGUCUGCCGAUUGCAGUGGACGCACAGAUGUUAUUGGACAUAUCAAAUGCGAGAAGAACUAUGAAAUGUGUGAAGGAUGUGGGCAAAAGAUACAUGAUCGCUACAUUAUGAAUGUGGGUGAAUCGAACUGGCAUGAACAAUGUCUGGCGUGUUGUUAUUGUGGCAUACAAUUACAUCACAGUUGUUAUGUUCGAAAUUCGAAGUUAUACUGCAAAUUGGAUUACGAAAGAUUGUUUGCCAUUAAAUGUGCUGCCUGUUGUCAUCCCAUCUUGCCACAGGAUUUAGUCAUGCGACCCGUACCCAGCUUAAUUUUUCAUUUACCUUGUUUUGUGUGCUUUGCUUGCCGAUUACCAUUGCAAAAAGGUGAACAAUUUCUACUCCGAGAAGGUCAGUUAUUCUGCUUUCGACAUGAUCUGGAAAAGGAAAUGUAUUUGGCAGCAGCACAACAUUGUGGUUUUGUAACGCUUGACGAAGACGACUUAUUACGUCCACGUGAUGGUCGACGCGGGCCCAAAAGACCGCGUACAAUACUCACCUCACAACAGCGCAAACAAUUUAAGGCAUCAUUUGAUCAAUCACCGAAACCGUGUCGCAAAGUACGUGAGGCACUAGCGAAAGAUACUGGUCUCUCAGUGCGUGUAGUGCAAGUAUGGUUCCAGAAUCAGCGCGCUAAAAUGAAAAAAAUACAACGUAAAGCCAAAAAUGGCAACGGCACAAACAGCGGCCGCAGUGGCGACGAUAAGGAUAAUGACAAGGAUGAAAAGAGUAUAAAACAAGAAUCCGGUUCGGCUAGUGAAAGUAGUUAUUUAGGCUUAGAUAGUACAUUUGCCAGUCAACCAUUAAAUCCAAAUUUACCUUUUUCACCAGAUGAUUACCCUGCCAACUCCAAUGAUAGCUUCUGCAGUUCUGAUUUGUCACUUGAUGGUAGCAAUUUCGAUCAACUUGACGAUGAUGGCGAUUCGCUUUCGCUUAAUAACUUAGAAUUACAGUCCACCUGUUCAUCAGGCAACCAACAUAGCAAUGCACAGGAUAUGAUCGCAAAUCUGAGCACAAAUCUAAUUAAUCCCAUUGACAAGUUGUAUUUAAUGCAAAAUUCUUAUUUUAGCUCGGAGCAAUAAAUCGAUUGCUUGCAUAACUUAGUUUAU